UUUUACUCUCUCAACGCCACGACGGUAAAGCGAGAAAUGGCUACUACUUCCGAUCAAGAUCGCCGCCACAGAGCCACUCGCAACCGUCCACCACUACCUCGAGGUCCUCGACCUUCUACUUCUUCUUCUCGUCCCGUUGUAGCUCCUCGAUCUAAAGUAUCGAAGCGUGUGCUUCUCCGUGUAGCUUCCGUCGCAUGUGGGAUUCAAUUCGGAUGGGCGCUUCAGCUUUCGCUUCUCACACCUUACGUUCAAGAGCUAGGGAUUCCACACGCUUGGGCUAGUGUGAUUUGGCUCUGCGGUCCUCUCUCUGGUUUGUUCGUGCAACCGCUCGUUGGACAUAGUAGCGACAGGUGUACUAGCAAGUACGGUCGUCGGAGACCGUUUAUUGUCGUCGGAGCUGUGGCGAUUGCUAUCUCUGUUUUGGUUAUUGGUCAUGCGGCGGAUAUUGGUUGGGCAUUUGGGGAUAGAGAAGGGAAGAUUAAGCCGAGAGCGAUUGUGGCUUUUGUUUUAGGGUUUUGGAUUCUUGAUCUUGCUAAUAACAUGACUCAAGGUCCUUGUAGAGCUCUCCUUGCCGAUCUUACUGAGAAUGAUAAUCGCAGAACCCGAGUAGCAAAUGGCUAUUUCUCUCUGUUUAUGGCUAUUGGCAAUGUUCUUGGUUAUGCUACUGGAUCAUACAAUGGUUGGUACAAGAUCUUCACUUUUACGAAGACAGUUGCAUGUAAUGUGGAAUGUGCCAAUCUCAAGUCUGCCUUCUACAUAGAUGUCGUCUUUAUUGCAAUAACUACGAUCCUAAGCAUCUCAGCGGCUCAUGAGGUGCCUCUUGCUUCAUUGACUUCUGAAGCACAUGGGCAAACCAGUGGAACAGACGAAGCUUUUCUUUCUGAAAUAUUUGGAACUUUCAGAUAUUUUCCAGGAAAUGUUUGGAUAAUCUUGCUUGUUACAGCAUUGACAUGGAUUGGUUGGUUUCCAUUUAUUCUAUUUGAUACUGAUUGGAUGGGUCGAGAGAUCUAUGGCGGUGAACCGAACAUAGGUACUUCUUAUAGUGCCGGAGUUAGUAUGGGCGCACUUGGUUUGAUGUUGAAUUCUGUUUUUCUUGGAAUCACUUCGGUUCUCAUGGAGAAGCUUUGCAGAAAGUGGGGGGCUGGUUUUGUUUGGGGAAUAUCAAAUAUCUUAAUGGCUGUUUGCUUUCUUGGAAUGAUUAUCACCUCAUUUGUUGCGUCUCACCUUGGCUACAUUGGCCAUGAACAACCUCCUGCCAGCAUCGUAUUCGCUUCUGUGUUAAUCUUUACAAUUCUGGGCAUUCCAUUGGCUAUAACUUACAGUGUCCCAUAUGCGUUGAUUUCCAUACGUAUUGAAUCCUUGGGCCUAGGUCAAGGCUUAUCUUUGGGUGUGCUGAAUUUGGCGAUAGUCAUCCCACAGGUAAUUGUGUCUGUUGGCAGUGGCCCAUGGGAUCAACUGUUUGGAGGUGGGAAUUCACCGGCGCUUGCAGUAGGCGCAGCUGCAGGUUUCAUUGGCGGAAUUGUAGCCAUCUUGGCUCUUCCGCGGACAAGGAUUCAGAAGCCCAUCCCUCUCCCAUGACAUCCUCUCUUUUAUUAUAAGAUGAGUGUCAAGCGAGGAACGCAUAAGGGGAGUGCUGGAAAAUGGCAAGGAGAUGGAACACUUAAUGUGAUCCUUGUCGAAUUCAUGCAAUGGCUUCUCGUGUGACUAACUUAUUUGCAGCUACUAGGACUUAAUCUCCUCUACUUUGGGGACUAUGAUCCUUGUAUCCACGAGGAGCCAUAUAACCAAUGAAAUAAAAACAUCAUUCAGUUUGUGAGGUAUAUGCAUUCUCCUUUGUUGGAAGUCCCAAUUCGGGAUUUUCUCUGUUUUUUUUGUUGUUGUUGUUGUUGUAAAUUAAUGUAAAAACCUGUGUGCAAUGGAGAGUUUGUAAUGGUCCCUGAAUCCAGGGUUCUGUAACUGUUAUAAAGUUCAUUUUCUUUA